UGGAGUCAGGGCAGAGCGUGAGGAGAUCCUGUGCUGGUGGUGCACCUCGCACCGCGCGGGAGCGCCCAGGCGAGCCGAGCUGACUGGACUUCACGACGGGCACCAACCCUCAGGCUGCGACAGCUUCGGUUCCGACGACGGGGACGGAGCCAGAGUCCGGGCCCCUGCGGGAAUCGCGCUGCAGACGAGUGGGACCCCGAAACUUGAGCGCAGUCCCCAGCCCUUUUUUAUGCUUUCCUUUGUCACGUUCCCAGCUUUUUCCCAAAGCGUUUUUCCCCUCUUCGCUCUCCCCCACCUCAUUCGAAGGACACAAAAGUGGCUUCUGCAGAAAGAUUUGGAGGCGGCGGAGGUUUUUCUUGUUGGAAAGUGAUUGUGUGAAAAGGAUUUUGGGAAGCGGCUUUUUAAUAUUACUGUUCUCCGGCCCCCAAGCGAGUCUAACCUGCAAAGGAGAAAAACCCACAGCUUGAAAGUUCCGGUGGCCUUUUGCUGGUUGUUGUAGGAAGAGAGAAGGGAGCAUCCUGUUCUCGUCCUGGUCCUGGUAGUUGGCUGGAUUUGGACCGGCCGUUAUAAACCCCGAAGUACAUUUUCGUGUGGAACUUUUACACAUACAUUUUUCAGCUUUUAAAAUAUUAGACAAAAAAAAAUACAUAUAUACAUAUGCUUUCUAUAUAUUUCCUGACGACCUGCUCCUGACAGCGCGAUGUACAAUACGGUGUGGAGUAUGGACCGCGAUGACGCAGACUGGAGGGAGGUGAUGAUGCCUUAUUCGACAGAACUGAUAUUUUAUAUCGAAAUGGAUCCUCCAGCUCUUCCACCAAAGCCUCCUAAGCCAAUGAUUUCAGCAACUACAAACGGAAUGAAGGACAGUUCCAUUCCUCUUCAGGAUGCCGAAUGGUACUGGGGGGAUAUUUCCAGGGAGGAAGUAAACGACAAAUUACGGGACAUGCCAGAUGGUACCUUUUUGGUUCGUGAUGCUUCAACAAAAAUGCAGGGAGAUUAUACUUUGACUUUGAGGAAGGGAGGCAAUAAUAAGUUAAUAAAGAUCUAUCAUCGGGAUGGUAAAUACGGCUUUUCUGAUCCUCUGACCUUUAAUUCUGUGGUGGAGCUCAUUAACCACUAUCAUCAUGAAUCUCUUGCUCAGUACAACCCCAAGCUCGAUGUGAAGCUGAUGUACCCAGUGUCCAGGUACCAACAGGAUCAGUUGGUAAAAGAAGAUAACAUUGACGCAGUAGGUAAAAAACUACAGGAGUACCAUUCGCAGUAUCAGGAAAAAAGCAAAGAAUAUGAUAGGCUAUAUGAAGAAUAUACUAGAACAUCCCAGGAAAUACAGAUGAAUAGAACUGCAAUUGAAGCUUUUAAUGAAACAAUUAAAAUAUUUGAGGAACAGUGUCACACACAAGAACAACACAGCAAAGAAUAUAUUGAGCGAUUUCGCAAAGAGGGGAAUGAAAAGGAGAUUGAACGAAUUAUGAUGAAUUAUGAUAAACUGAAGUCACGUCUCGGUGAGAUUCAUGAUAGCAAAAUGCGGCUAGAACAGGAUUUGAAGAAACAAGCUUUGGACAACCGAGAAAUAGAUAAAAAAAUGAAUAGCAUCAAACCUGACCUGAUCCAACUGCGCAAGAUCCGUGAUCAACAUCUCGUAUGGCUCAAUCAUAAAGGAGUGAGACAGAAGCGCCUGAAUGCGUGGCUUGGAAUCAAGAAUGAGGAUGCCGAUGAGGCCUAUUUUAUCAGUGAAGAAGAUGAAAACCUGCCACAUUAUGAUGAGAAAACCUGGUUUGUGGAGGACAUCAAUCGGGUGCAAGCAGAGGACUUGCUCUAUGGGAAACCUGAUGGCGCUUUCUUAAUCCGGGAAAGCAGCAAGAAAGGCUGCUAUGCCUGCUCUGUGGUUGCCGACGGGGAAGUGAAGCACUGUGUGAUCUACAGCACUGCUCGGGGAUAUGGCUUCGCAGAGCCCUACAACCUGUACAGCUCACUGAAGGAGCUGGUGCUCCACUACCAGCAGACAUCCCUGGUUCAGCACAAUGACUCCCUCAACGUCAGGCUUGCCUACCCUGUCCACGCACAGAUGCCUUCGCUGUGCAGAUAAAGAGAGCGUGAUAGCAUUUUUCUAGUUUUUAUUAGACUAUGUGGGCAUUCUUUCUACAUGGACUGCUUGUUUUGCACAAGAAGUGAUUUUGUGAAUGUGACGUGGAAAGGCCAAGCAGUAGCUGGCCAGGAUGGGGAAAUAAGGGGCCUGGGGUCUCUGGGACUUAGCAGUGCCACUGCACUGAAAUACGAAGAUGGAAGCAGAUGCUGUUUUUUGGAAAGUCUGUUUCAUUGGGGGCGUUUGACUCUAUUUAGCCAGGUACCCUCACCAGAACAGACUGGGCUUGAGGGUAGAGGGUGGGAUUCAAAAACCUCUGAAGAGACAAGAUCUCUUUUGGUCUUCAACUCUGUUGGGAGUUCUGAUAGUCACAUUUUUUCCCAAAACAAGGUUGUCGGUGAUACAGUGUAAAGGCAACCAAAGGAAAAUAGGGAGACUUGUGAUUUCAUUUAAAAAAAAAAACUAAGCCAACAGGGUAAAAAAACAUACCCUGCUCCCCGCAAAAGAAAACACAGAUCCUUCAAUUGAAGGUACUUUUAUUUCUUAUAGACAUAGUUAACAGCUUAGGCUUUACCAUCUCAUUAUCUGCCCUCUCUAAAGAAACAUAUUGUUCAGAAACCAACAAAGCAAUGUUUGUUGCCAGACCAAGGUCUAAACAGAGAAGGUGGCACUAGUAGUUGGAUGCAGGCUUCUCUACCAAAACUUGAAAAUAAGAGAACUAGAAAUGUGACUUAGCAAACACUAAAAUCUGUCAGUGCAUUUUCUUCUGUCCUACUUUGUAUCUGAGAUGAGGAAUAGCAUUCUUUUUGUGCAGAUAGUGAACUUUGAAUCAUAAAAUGAAGUUGGUGCUUGUGUGGUGUUCCCUUAGCCUAAGGAAUGGUCUAUUGUUUGAAACCUUUGUAACUUGUUUGUAUGAGUAAAGAAGAAGUGCAAUCCAGUGCUUUUAGAUGGCUUGAUAUACCAAAUAUAGAAAGACAUUCUUAUAUGUGCUUCCCCAUUUUUAAAGGCCCUGCAAGAGGCCAGGUGUGGUGGUGCAUGCCUAUAAUCCCAGCACUCUUGGGAGGUUGAGGCAGGAGAUCACUGCAAGUUCAAGGUCAGCCUUGGCUGAGUUUAAGGUGAGUUUAAGGUCUGCCUGAACUGUAAAUUGUGAGACCCUGUUUAAAAA